AUGGUGAAUCAUGCUAGAGGAUGUGAAAGCAUUGGGACAAUAACCAAUGGAUUGGAAUACACUGGAUACAUAGCCCAGGGAUGGAGAGCCACAGCCAAAAGAUUGAAAGCCCCUGGAUCCAAAGCCCAGAGAUCCAGAGUAAGUCAUCUGGCAGGGCUUGCAGAGCAUAGAGGCUCUGGGGCAGUAGCAGGAGAUCUGGCAGUUGGCUCUGAUGAACUUUCUGAGCAAAUCCAGAAAAAUCCUCAUUACUCUAGUACUCUAGGCAGAAUAUAUAUGUCAGUUGAUACAUCUCAGAGAACUUCUGUUAACGUGUCUUACAACUGCAGCUCUGGAAACUUCUCCUCCUGCUGUUUUGGAGGUUACCUGGGGUAUCCAGUUUCCACUUAUAAUUCAUUCUACCCCAGCAAUGCCAUCUAUUCUCCAAAUACCUGCCAACUGGGCUCCUCUGUCUACAAUGGCUGUCAGGAGACCUACUGUGAGCCCACCAGCUGCCAGACAUCCUGCACUUUGGUCAAAUCCUAUCAGACAUUCUGCUACUGCCCAAAGAAUUCCAUCUUCUGCAGUCCCCGCCAGACUAACUACAUAAGAUCCCUUGGAUGUGGAAACACUGGCCUUGGAUCUCUUGGUUGUGGAAGCACUGGCUUCCAAUCUCUGGACUGUGGAUCCAGCUUCUACCACCCAACUACCUUUUCAUCCAGGAAUUUCCAGGCAACUCGUUACUACCCAGCCUUUGGGUCUCGCCUUUUUGGAUCAACUUACUGA